UACUACACGACAUUCCCUUGCUCAAUUAUCCCACCUCCCCGGCAGAUCCGAAAGUGGUAGAGCCACAGCAACAGUUACGCUGUGCGCUUGUGUCCGAAACCCACGCUGCAUCUAAAAGGCGAGCGAAAACGAUGAGGCCAAUUUUAUAUAACGAACUUCAAAUCCCAUCCCCCUGUACUUGGUUUCAAAAACCGUCGAGACCUCUCUAAGCCCUAUACUGUCUCUUAGUUCUAUUGACAAUAGUGCCCAACAUAUACCACAGUGACUGUUUAUAUCUUUACUGAUCUGAACCGUCAAGAUGAUGAACUCAAAACCAAUGCACCAGUCCCCAUUGAACAUACAAUCUGUUUCCACACCGACUGUGAUUAAAACUUCAAAACAAUGGGUAUUACCACCGAGACCAAGACCCGGCCGUAAACCGAAUAGUGCCGGAUGUCAACAAACGCAGAAGAAGGAACCAAAGAAGAGCUACAAGAAGAAGAGCGAUCAGAGUAAAGCUGAUAAAGCUGUUAUUAAUCCGAUAGAAAUUGCAUUGAAAAAAAUCAAGGAUGAGAACCAAUCGCUUAAAGUUGAACUCUCAAAGCUCGUUUCUGAUUUGAAAGCACUCCAAGAACAGACUCCGGAUGAGGAUGACCAUCUCAUACACAAGAAGAGAUCCGAAUCAGUUGUUGACUCUGAAGAGGACGAAACGUCUUCACAGAUUUCAACGCCUUCUCUGAUGUCGUCGUCGUCGUACAUGAGCGCCUCAACUUCGUCGCUAGAUUCGAUCAAGGAGGAACAGACUUUGAAGAUUGAUGACUUUUUAACAACUUCCUUCUUUGAGUCGUCAUCCAACUCGAUCACCUCUGAUUUCCCACCUUCAUUGCCAUCUUUGAGAGCAAAGAAGACUGAAAAUGCCUUUGAAUUCAACUUCCUCAAACAGGAAUCUAUGAAGCAACAGGAGGUGAUGAAAAAUGAAGGUUACGAUCCACUGUUCCAGUCUGUGAAUCCGGAUGCUAUGGAUGUUGAUAUUGAGUUCUGGAGCUGGAAAUAAAACCGAAAACAAUUCCAUCUUUAAAGUCUCUGAUUGAUAUUCUUUUCUCAUUUUAUUUCUCCCGCCUAUACAAACAGAUCAGCUCCCUCAGUUUCAGGUCUUGCAGUACUGCUUUAAUGGUUU